AUGUCUACGGACCCUCUUACGAUGAUGCAAAGCCAGGUGGCUCACAUACUCUCUGAAAACCUUGAGUUGCGGUCGAGGGUGUCUGCGCUUGAAGUCACGGUUGGAUCUCUACUGAAGGGCGAAUUUAACGGCAAAGAGCAGGAAUGUGGUGAAGGGAUGAAACCGUCCCCCGAGGACAUGGCUGUGACUAGCUUAACGGUGCCUCUAUCCCCCAAGACAAGGAUGAUAUUUGAAAUGGAGGAUGAAAGAGAGCAACAAGAGACAGCCUUGCAACAAAUCGAGGAAGGCUAUGCGGAAACAAGACAAUGGUAA